AUGAAGGCACAUUCGAAGUCGUACCCUCGAGCGAAGCUGAGGAAGAUAGUCAAAGCUCAUUCCAGAAAACGCGUCGGCAAGACCGUUGAUGCUCUCGUCUUCCUCAACUUCGUUCUGUUUAUCGAGGAGCGACGUUACGGAGGUUCAAAGGAUGAGCUCGAGCUAUACAGCGUGGGAAGUGCAGUGCGGAACGAACGCGUCCACAAGGAGACGCGCAUGGCGCUUCCAGCUUUAAGAGGCACGGGCAAUCCUCAUCAGACGCUUCUCGCCCAGCAAUGCGACGGUCGACCCAGAGCAGGAGCUGCUAUCUAG